UUAUUAAAAUAAUGUUGCCUAUUUAUGCAUUGUAAGGCAGCAUAUAUAUGUAUUACAAGGAUAAUCUAAUUAGAACACAAUCAUAUUCUUGCAAUGGCACCUGCUCCAAGUACUCGUAGCUACCAACUGAUCUGGGCAACCCCGUUUGCGAUUUUCGCACACUUGUUAGCCAUAGCAGUGACAACACUUGUGCUUGUUCUCCUCCUACAUUUUCGUGAAGGCUUUGCUUUCAAAGCCGACAACAAACAGAAGAUUUUCAAUUUGCACCCGUUUCUAAUGGUGAUUGGGCUUAUUUUAAUUGGAGGAGAAGCUAUCAUGGCAUACAAGACAGUCCCUGGUGAAAGGAGCACGCGAAGAGGGGUUCACCUGAUAUUGCAUGCCAUAGCUCUUACGGCUGGAAUUUUGGGGAUUUAUAUCAUUUUUAAAUUUCACCAUGAGACAGGAACCACGGAUAUGCAAAGCUCGCAUUCCUGGCUGGGCAUAAUUACCAUAUCCUUGUACGCUUUGCAGUGGGUGUUGGGUUUCUUUACGUAUUUCUUCCCGAGGGCAGAAAAGACAGCAAGAGCAACACUCCUUCCUUGGCACACAUUUGUUGGGAUGGUCAUCUUCCUCGUGGCAGUAGUAACUGCUGAGACAGGGUUGGCUCUCUUGAUCGGCUCUGCACCGCUCAACAGUGAAGGAUACAUAAUGAACUUUACUGGGCUCUUGAUCCUUCUAUAUGCAAUCAGCGUUAGCCUCACUGUCAUCCUUCCUCGACGUUAUUAACAACACUCGGAUCUCAGCAACGUUAAUGCAGGACUAUCACUUAGAAAGAGAUAUGGACCAUUUGUUACGGACCAUUUGUUACGUACCAUCCGUGGUUGAUUUAUCUUGCUAAGGAAAUUAAAAUGUUCCACUUAAUUAAUUGGAUUCUUUUGAUACGCAAUAAAGAAACAAACUAGUGGGCUCCCUUGUGAGCUGUCUAUGUUAGAAAGGCCCGCCUAGUUUAUGAUCCAUUUGAUGGAAUCAUUGUUUAAUUUACUGUUUGUUUAUGUCUAUAUAUUAUCUUUUUCGUUUGGACUUUAA